GCCUUUCUUUGUGAGACCACGCCGUAACGAAGUGUACGAUUCUGCGAAUAUCAACGAUAUACGCGGUAUCUGUCGGACAUGCAAUGAAGCUACACCAGCUGGUUUCCCGAAAGUGCUUAACACAAUAUUAAAGGAGCCGCUCAGGAGCCGCUCACGACGGACCGACCCACAUCCAAAUGUAGCUGUCGUCACUGAUUGAGCUUGUAUACUCUGGUCACAGUGGUCAUUGUGGUCGAUCCCGAAGCGUAGAACAAGAGAUAGGCGAUAUGUGUUGUGAUAUCCAAAAGCCUGACGGAUCUAUAGCGAGUUGUGUUAAUACCCUUAAGUGCUUGACAAUUCCGGGACGGGGUUGUUUGCAUCGGCCUGAAAUAUAAAAGGAUAUGCCUGAUCUCGGGUGUGAAGUGUGUAAUUAUGUGCCUGUUUGUAUACUUGCUCUUUGUGUUGUGAUAGCAAGUGACUCAGAUGUUCCCGUUCGGCACCAUUUAUAAACAAAUACUGCCAAGAUCCAGCAUAUUGGAGUAUGUACAGUUCGUGUAUGUACGUAUCCUUUCGUGCGUAUUGUAUGCAUUUGUAUAUGUAAUCGGUAUUUUAUGAGCAAAGUAUGAAGAUUUCUCUCGAAUGUUUAUGUCGCAUUUGGCGUUUAAAAAUGAUGCUUAGUUUAAUCUCGAUUUUAAGUGAUUUUCCACUGCAUGACGUACUUUCAUCUGAGGUCACGUCACUCCGUUUUGUAUUAUGAAGCGGACCAUUUUGAUAUAGAAGUGAAGUGGAAAAUCAGUUGCUAACGCCCAUAAAUUUAACAUUCAGGAAGCUGUAGAGAAUAUAUCAUUUAAUUAUCCCUAUUAUGAAAAUUGUGUUGCAGUAUUGUCAGCAAUGUAAUGUUUUAAUGCGUUUGGUAAUCGCCUUUACCAUAAAAUUUUGAAGAACAUGUCAGCUGACUUUUAACCAGCAAUUUUUAAAAAACGUCAUUGCAUGUUCUUGAAUACUUAAACGUGCUGUAUAAAAAGUUAUAUUAUGAUUUUACCAAAGCAUUGCCACCAAAGAGUAUAAAAUAAACAGGCCUGACUAAUAUAUCUUAUUUAAUUACCAUAAUGAUGUCGAUACAUUCAAUACUUGCUUUAAGGAGAGAAAACUAGACUAUGGGGUGCAUAUCGAGCAAAACAGACAUCAAUGACAUUCACCACAACAUCUUUCAGAUGAACGUGGAUGAGCUGGGAAAUCGCUUAAAUCCUGGCCAAUUGGAAAUUACAGAGACAGAUUUAGUUCUACAUCAGCGUCGGAAAGCUCCUGUUAAAUGGCCUUUAAGGUGUUUAAGACGAUAUGGAUUUGAUGCUGAGCUCUUCAGCUUUGAAUCAGGACGAAGAUGCCCUACUGGUGCGGGAAUCUAUGCUUUUCGUUGUCAGCGUGCCGAACAACUUUUUAAUUUGUUGCAAACUCACAUUCAAGUACGCAAUAAUGCUGGAGAAGAUGGUGUCUCUAGAGACUUCUCUGUUCCGUCUGCCCCUGGCCCAACAGUAUCCCUUAGAGGAAGUUCUUCAGGUGACUCCAAUUACUUGGACCCUGCUCCAGUGCGAACUUCUAAUCGAACAGCCCCUGGAAACACACGAUUUACUUCCCAAAAUGGAGUGUUGUCAACAAGAUUAGACAGUGUAGGAAGCAGUAGUAAUGGCCCAUUAAGUCCUCAGGGCACAGCGUCACCCUCUCCUCCUCCUCCUGUCCCUGUACCAAAUGCAGCUAUUAUAUCAUCAGUAUCCAGUAGUAAUCCUAGUGUCCUUUAUGCCAAUGAAGAACUCUUUUCCACAUCUACUACUGCAACAGACCCAAGUGAAAACAAUAACAAAGAGUUUUUACGUCAGUCAUUGCCAAGCAGUGUUACCAUAUCACUUUCUAAUGAGAGUUCUGUGAGAGAGAAACCAGUGUCUCGCCUGAGUGUAUGUAGUGGAGAUGGUUUGGCAUUGACAGGACUCAGUGAUCCAUGUGCUAUGGCUUCAUAUGUAAAUGUUGAUCUCAGCAAUGGACCAUUGUCUCCUUCAUGCAGUGUGGAUGAAGACUCCAAUUAUGCCCAGGUGGAAGUAUCAGGAGGAGAAACACCUGUUUAUAUGAAUUUAAUUCCUGGUCCUGAGAAUGGAAGGUUACCAACACCAGAUAUUCCUGUUCCAUUGCGUGUCAAAUCCAAUUUGUCACCAUGUGGAAUGUUGCUGUCAACACCAGACUGGGAAAUAGAGGAGUCAAAACGAUGUUAUGCUAAUCUGCAGCCUGGUGAAAUUGAAGUGCCAUGUAAUAUUUCUGCAAAACACCUUGUUGGGAAUGAAAGAUUGCUUCCUCCUAAGUCUUCCUUGUCUCCAAAUCAAUCUCUGCAACUUGUUGUAUCUCCUGUGAAUAUGCAAAGGCAAGUAAAUUACAUUGUUCUUGACUUGGAACAAAGUAAAGGAGAUACAGGAGGUGUUUCACCUCAACAGUUUCAGCCACCUACCUCACCAGUUGGCUCUCUCUCUCUUUCUGUUUUACCUCUUCCUUCUGAAUCACCUCAGCGUAUAUCUGAAGGUUAUGCAACAAUUGAUUUCAAUAAGACUGUGGCACUCUCUCAUUCUGUGAACCCGAAUAUGGUGAACGAUACUGAAGGAUCAAGGAAGACAAGACAUAACUCAACAAUCAGCGAUUUGCAAACACGUCCUAUUAGGCAUAGUUCUUCAGACUAAAUUUUGCUGUUGCUAAUUGCAGCUUCUUUGAAUUAUUUAGUGAUAUUUUAAAUUAAAUAAGAAUGUAUUAUGGAGAUAUACUACAUUUAUUGUAAUUGUGAUGUACAAUAGUUGCUCAUUAAGGGGUAUUGGACCCUUGCAUCUUCGUGUUGAAAAUGAUUAUUAGCGAAUUGCAAAGGGUGUGUGGUCACAUCCUACAUUUUUUCAUUUGUAAUAAGGAAUUGGAAACAAUACUUUAAAUGGCAGGUUGUUAACUGCUGUGCUAAUUUAUCAGAUUGUCUAAUAUUACCUAUUCAUAAUUUUAAUGAAUUUUGCUUUUUGGUGUACCAGUUAAUGUAAUAUAUUUCAUCUAAUUGUUUCUUUUUGGCUAAUAUUUUUGAUGCUUUAUGAUUUUGAUGGAAGGUAAUUUGAGAGAUAAUAACAAGGCAGUAUAUAUAAUAUCUUAAAUUUGCCAGUGGUUUUGUAGUGUAAGCUGAGUAUGUGUGAAAUCAUGUUAUGAAAAAUCAGUUUGGCUUCCUAGCAUUGUUCCUGAACGUCAUUAUUUUGACUUGAAGUGAACAUUUACUAGUAAGCAUAGAAUUUUGAUACAGCAUUUUGUGAAUUACCAGUUGCUAUGCUUUAGAGCUUCCCUGUAUUUGAAGACUUGAGCUUGAAAAUUAUUUUAGUAAAGGGUAAAGCUAGAUAAUAUUUCUGUAAUAUCCUGUACAGUUUUUUUAGGGGGGUGAAUUUUUUAAUGGUGGUCCUGACAUUGUUAGUCACUUAGCACUGCCAUUAUCCAAAAUACGCAAGCUAUCAACGAACUUUCUCAUGUGAAUCAAAUUUUUGUGAUAAAUAUUUUUCAUUCCUGCCCUAAAUGUUAGAUAUCGUUGGUGCAAAAUGCAUUGAAAUGUAUGUGCAGUUAAUGCGUCCCUUUACGUACUCAGUGCUCAUCUCGCUGCUCCUUGUCAUUCGGCAACCUUGAGAGAAAAAAUGUGCUGUGGAAACACACCCAGAUGUGAACCAAACAUUUUUAAUAGAUCAUUAUAUGAGGAUUUUUCCCAAGAAUAAUGUAGCUUUUUUAUGCAAACUUUUAUUAGUAAACCUGUUAACUGCACGAUUUUACCAUUGCAAAUUACACAAUUAUGUUGGAGUGUAAAAGUGGCGUGAAUGUGGUUGAAAUCUUAAAAGUUCAAAUUCAUUACUAUGUUAAAAACAAAAACAAAAAGACAAUUAAAAGAAAACAACCAAGAACUAUGAACGUGAUUGUUUGUAAUUUGGAGGUCAAGAGGAUUGUUAUAGUUAUUGAUGCCUAAAACGGGUUACAGUUUUUAAGAAAAAUUUUUUCUGUCGAUAUGCUGACUUGGAAAGUCUGUACUCUCUCUUGUCCUCAUUAAAAAUGAAGAUGACUAUAAUUAAACGGGUAAAAUGUAAUGCUAGAUUUCUGUUCUUUGGACUUGAUCUUUGAUAUUAUGACUUGAUGUUGAAUGAAAGAUAGCAAAAAUUCAUAUGUACUGAAUGUUGCCUGUUAUGUUUAGCCUCUACUCUACUUCUACAAUUAAUGUUUUGUGAUUACAAUUUUUACUUUCUCCUAUGUAUAUUGUAGUGAAAGUAUUGUAUUAUACCAAAGGAAUGAUUGUCAAGUUGUUGAUGGAUAUACACAUUUUGAGGUGCACGUAAUAUAUUUUUCAUAUGUUCAAUGGUGUGUUUUUAUGUUCUUCUGACAAUGCUUGCUGCUGCAAUGUUACAACAUGCAAACUACUCAUUCAGUAUAAAAAAUUAAUUUCUGUACCUAAUGAAAGGGUAAGAUGCCUGUUGAUGGUUGCUCAAAAUUAUACCAAAGAAUGUGUCUUUCAUGUAAUGAAAAAAAAUGACCAUGUAUCUGUAAAUCUUAAUUUGCAUUUGCAAUGAAAGAUACAGGGGACUAGUUAUUGAUUACACAGUGGUGUGAUUAAUCUUGAUAGAAGAAUUUGAGAGUAAUGCAGGUGCCUUGCAUUAAUGUGUCAGACAUGCUAACUUAUGCUGACAUUUCUGAUUUAAUGGUUUCAUGGUUUUAUUGGUUGUUGUAUGGCAGUUGCCUGAUGCCAAAUACCAAAGUAGUGCUAUUAAAAUUUAGCCAUGAUACACACACACACAGACACACAUUCCUCUUCCUACAUUGCAUACUUUUUGAUUUUGCAUGACUGAUUACUUCCCCUUGUGCCUUGUGACCAUGGCUAAGCUUGAGAGCAAUAUAGGAAACAUCCAACAGCAUGAUUCAGUCAUGGAGUGAAGGGAGCAGGUAAUUUUGUGUAGAAAUUUUUUACCUCUGCUUUUUUAUAGAGGUAGAUUCUUGUUUAACUCAAGAGUAAAUAACUAAUUAUUUGAAAUGAGAAAAAUGAUCCUCUAGUGUUGAAAUAAUACGUUUGAAAUUUUCAAACGUUUGUCUUGAUAUUAAUUUGUUUUUCCUGGCUCAUUUGGUAGCACUUUUACUGUGAUAGGUAUAAUUAUUUAUUUACUCUUUUGCACAUGAUGGUAGUAUUAAUGUGAAUUAGUACUAAACUAUUUGUUCAUUGAAUCUGUGCAGAUAUUUUUCUCAUAAUAAAGAAAAGUAUUCUCCUCUAAGAAUUUAAAGUGGAACUUAUCUCGCAAUACUUUUUAUUAUAUAUUCAUGCAGAUGUUUUUGGAAAAAAUUGUUUAUUAUAGGAAGAAAAAUAUACCUUAAGUUGUUUAUCUGACAUGCUUGUCUUCGCUUUUAUCUGAGAAUUGAUAAAGUAAAAUGUUUGGCUCUUUUUUUAAAAUCUUUUUAAGCGUGUUAACUUUUGUGAAACAUUAGGCAGUUCAUGAGUGUACAUGCAUCAUUAACACAUUUAUUUACUGCUUACAUAAGGAUUCUAAAAACUGUUUCUUCCUUCUCUCCUCUUUCAAAAUUUUUACGAUUCAUUUUUUUUUUUUUUUUUUAAGGGUAUCAUUUAAUAUUUCUGUGUGUAUUUUUUAUCCAAAUUGCCCUUUCAUAAAUGGUGUAUAAAACAUUUCUUUCGGAAUGAAAUUCAAUUAAGAUGCAAUGAAAACUGUUAUGUACUAAUAUGCCACUGUUAUAUAGUUACUAACUAGUUGAACUCUAGAUUUAUUAAAUCAUUUUGCAUGAAGAUAAUUACUUAUUUGCAACCAUCAUAAAGUUUUCACAUGACUUCAUUUAUUAAACACAGUAUUUUUCAGCCUUCACCAGCUUUGUCAGCCAGAGUUCACCAUUA